CCUGGCUCCUCAACAUGCCGAAUUGUAUGUAAACACUUGCGUUACGAAGGACCAGGCCAGCAAUGUUUUGCCUCAUUUUUAGACACACGAUGCGGCAUAAAGACGUCUCCUCUUUCCUGUGAAUGUUGUGCGAUCCCUAUCUAAAGACGGUUACUGUAGAGAAGCUGAUCAGCUGAACUUCCUGGUCCAGUGUUUGGGGAGUCCGGAUGGGCUUCUCUGUCCGCAGUGAAUUUCCUGAGUCGGCUCACUUCUCUCUCCAACGGACGAACACACACACACACACGCACACACACACACACACACACAAACGUGCAUGUACACAUAUCCUCUGUGCCAAGAUCAUGUCUGUACAUGAUAAAUCACAUGCCUUCACACAUACAUACAUACACACACACACACACACACACACACACACACACACACACACACACACACAGAUAGAUUGUUGUCUUUAGUGAGAGGACAAUGGAAACUUUUUGCCAUUCACGCGGAGAGUGGGUGGGCAGAGAAUGCAGAGUGCUGUGUGAUUGGCCGAGACAGUGAGUAGGCGGGGAACGGAAUGUGUUGGCCUAUCACCGAAACUUGGCUGUGUAUGUGUCGUGUGUGUGUGUGUGUGUCCAUGUGUGUUGUGCGUUGUGCAUGAGCAUGAGAGAGACACAUUGUAUGUAUGUGGGUAGGUUUGUCUGUGUGAGGGACUUUUGUGAGCAUUUGUGUAUUUUGUUUUUGUAUAUGUGUGUCUUUGUGAAUAUGUGUGUGUGUGUCUUUAGAAAAUGCUAAUGUCCCAAGAGAGGGCCACUGAAAAACACACACUACCCCACAGAAGGAGAGUGGUAGCCACAAGAGACACAGCUCUGUCUUAAAUCCAGUCCCUGCCGAGCCACCAAUUAUCCUGCAGACCAUCCACAUACGGAAUUCAUUUCCAGGGGAAUCCGAGGCCAACGUUACUGUACGUUUGUGUGGCGAGGUGGGCCUCCAUAUUGCUGCACCGUAUCCAGAGGAAUUUUGGGAUUACGGGAAAGACCUGCGGAGAGACGGCCACACCCAUCCGGCUCAGAUUACCGUAAUCCUUGAGACAUUCUGCAGACGCAGCGUGGACUGGCCUUAUUACCGGGAUUAGAGCAGAUUAAGGGGCCGGAUUAGGACUGACCAGCUAAGGGGAGACCUUGUGAUUGGGAUUUUGAGGAGCCUUCACUCAGAAUUGAACACACAUACACAAACAUACAAACACACACACACUCUGAAUGAAACUGAACCGUUUUGUGUUGCUGUGUAUGUGACUGCAGGCUGGUGAGUUCAAGUGGGUGUGUGUGUGUGUGUGAGUGAAUGAGUGUGUGUGUGGGGGGAUGGGCGUGUGUGAGCUCUGACCCAGAAAUGGAUGGUGACUGAGACUGAGCGCUGUAAAUCAGAGUGGCAAUCCACCUGUUGCCCUAUGCGGACCCUCUCUCUCUCAGAACGGCGCCGGAACAAUCUGCACAUCGCUGCUCUUUUUUUAGUGCUGCCCUAUGUUGGGAGUCACCCCAUCUCUCAGUUACCCGAGAUUCACACGCCACCGCUCCAUUUGGUCUACCACAGGAAAUGGUUAAAUAGAAGGCUUCCUUUGCUUGAUUCUAUGCUGUGGCUGUCUGGCUGUUGCUAAGCUAACCUUGUAAGGAAGAUGCAGGUGAAGUCAUUAUCCACUUCCUGUUUGCGAGACAUCCUCCUGCCCGUUUAAAGACUGAGUAAUCGUCCCCGGGGCUGUGAACAUGUUUGGCAGUGUGAAGAAGAUCAUAUCUGCCUUUGAGAUUCGCAGGCAGGCACGUCCGGUCUCUCUCCCUCCACCAUUACCCUCGUCCAUCUCUUCGUCCCAUGUCUCGGCGUCCUCCCCGUCCAUGUCCCUUGGUUCUCCUUCCUCAUCAUCCUCCUCUUCCUCCUCUGUCCUGUCCAAGGUCUCUCCUCUUAACAGCCCUGUCAAUCAUGAGUCCAGACCCUAUCCUCUCAGGGCAUCGUCUCCUGGCAAGCCCUGUCUGGGCUCCAACUCUUGUUCUUCACCAUCUGCGAAGCGAUUGGCCCGGUUGUCUGUCCCUCCAGCGGCUGAACCAAUCAUGUCAUCUUCCUGGACUGCCUCUCCACCUUACCCCCAGAGGACAGCAGAGAAAGUGGUGAUGCGGGAGAGAUGGAAGGAUGGGGAUCGGGAGGGGACAGAGGGAAUCAUGAUCAGGGAUGUCCCCCGGAUGCGGGUGCGUGACUCCUGGCCCAUCGGGCAGCAGCAGUUUGUAGAGCGGGGGAGCCGGUACACCCAGAUGGUUCCCCUCCGGGCAGACAGACACACUCAGACCAUAUCCACCACCACAGGGCCCAGGGCCACAUCUGCCAUUAGUCGGAAAUCUACAUCUGCCUCAAAGUCCACCACUAUUACCUGUGUUGGAUCCAAGUCAACACCUGUUGAUGAACCCAAAAUCCGCUCUGGAACACAACCUGUAGUUAUUUCUACCACUCAACAAAUCUCCCACUCUAACAAAGGGCUCGUUGCUAAAAUCAAUACAGAGCCUAAAGCUAGCUGCACCACCGGGUCGAUUUCCACGAACACUGCUUGUCCAAAGGAAUUGAUUGUUAAUUGUAAUCCAGGGCUUCCAGUCAGCUCCAACACAGGGCCUUUCGUCACCGCCACCACCAGGCCCAUUAUUAGCUCCACUACAGGCCCAACUAUCAGCUCUGCUACAGGACAUGAAGUCAACUCCACCACAGGGUCUACUGUCAGCUCAGUGACAGGGCUUAAUGUCACAUCUACCCCAGGACCUACCAUUGGCUCUACCACAGGGUCUUCUGUUGGUUCUCACAUAGAACCUAUAGGAUCUAUAACUCAGCCUCAGUCUAACAGACUCACAGCAGUUGGAGCCUCCCCUUCACCCAUUAAACAGUCACCUGCUGCUGAGGCCCAAGCCCUAGUUGCACCAUCCUUAAGGGGUGCUCACCCCUCCAACUCCCCAAAAUCUCCCUCGAUCCUGGGCAACCCUCAAACCCUCAUCUCUUGUGAUCCUCUGGGGCAGCACACACCUCAGUCAUCACCAGCCUUAGACAGCUGGCAGCAGUUCUGUGGAAAGCCUUGGUAUGCUUGUGACCCUGCCUCAAACAAAACCAUCCUCCCAACCCAGCCAGCAGUUUCACACCAGCCAGGAUCUUUCUACAGCCCUCAAGGCCUUGCUCUUCAGUCCUGCUGCCCAGCUAGGGGCACCAUCUCUGGGACUCUAUGCCCUGGCCUGUCCCCUGGUCAUGGAAGUGUGGGAGAGACCAAGAGGAAAGGAGAACAGGGGGGUCACUCUCUUCUCCCCGUGGUCAGGCACAAAUUGGACCUUCCAAAAGAGGCUCGGACCCGUGGUUCAGAGACAGCUUUCUUGUCCUUGGUGCUCUUCUGUCGAGGUGGAUCUGGUAAUAGUGCAAUUGCUAUCGACAACAAGAUUGAGCAAGCCAUGGAUCUGGUGAAGACACACCUAAUGUUAGCUGUUCGAGAGGAAGUAGAGUUGCUGAGGGAGCAGAUUAAGGAGCUGACAGAGAAGAAUGCCCAGCUUGAGCGAGAGAACUACAUCCUCAAGGCCCUCAGAGACCGCCACUAAGUAUGAUGGGUCUUGUAGUCCUUAUGCCCCACAGGCCACUUGAGACACACAGCCUGUUUUCCUAUCAGUCUCCUGGAAAAGUGAGACAGGUGUGAUUGGAUGUGAGGUUUGUCUACCCACAGCAAACACAGGAAGAUGCACUUUUCUUGUCCACAGACCACAUGGGACUUGUCACUGGCUAUGGGAGGUGGCUAUGGGAGGUAUCUUUACUCCUCUGGCCUCUGGCCUUUGGAAUGGCACUCAGGAUGAAGGGAUGAGUGAAAAAAGAAUGUGUAGAGCGACAAAAGAGAUGGAUGGAAGAAGAGGAACUAAAGGAGCGAAUGAAAACUAAGAACUUAGGACGGAAGGAUGGAACAUUUAAAGGCUUCUAGGACUCCCUGAUCCAGGCACAAGCAGACUAUACACUUGCGCUGCAUUUGGUAUAUUUUUUUGAACAUAUUUAAAAUCGUACAUCAGAUACAAUUGUAUCUGCACCUGUGCAGAAUGAACUUUCACACAGAUGCACACAGGAUACACACAAAUUCAUGAUCUUAGAUAAAUCUCUCUCUCUUCCUCCUUCCCUCUGUCUCUCUCGCUCACUAUCACUGGCUUGCACACACACCUGCACAUUUUCACCAUGAAUUAGGGAGUUGUGUUAGAAGUAAAACUUACACUGUCUAAUAUCUCAUAUAAUCAUUUUAAGGUGGAGUUUGCAAUAAUGUCUGUCAUAAUAAUGACGAGUAGUGUUAACAAGAGAUCUACCAAAUGGGGACCUUUGAAUGCCAUCUUUAUUUAUUUAAAUGUGUUUUCCACCAGAAUGAAUGUUUAUUUUUUGCAGUCAACCAGGCCUAUGGAUUGCCUUCAACUGUGUGUGUCUGUGUGUUUUUGUGUGUGUGUGUGUGUGUGUGUGUGUCUGUGUGUGUUUGUAUUCCUACGUAGCUCUGUCUUGCCAUUAUUAGGCUGUGGCCUCUCCUCUCCUACAGAUGCCAUGCUCAUUUUUUUCUGUCAGCAGUAUUAGGUAACUCUGACAACCAAACGGUGGGGUGCAGUCAAGUAUCAAGUAUCAACCAGCAUAGACUUUUACACAUCCUGUUCCUGCUGUUAUGGAGUCUACUUCAAAAGGACCUCAGUGCCUGCCCUAAAAACUGCCUGUGUCAAAGCAUAUCUCUGUUGUACGUUGUGUUGUGUGUGUGUGUGUGUGUGUGUCUGCAUGAGUGUCUCUUAGCGCCUUUGUGCCAAAUGGAUCUUGAAUGUCUUACUCUGCAAGCACUGCUCUGCUCAACGGCUAGUUUUGUACAUUCUUGUUAGGUUGCUGCAGUAACAAUAGUUGUGUGCUGUUUUGUUGCCAUUCUCACUCCCAGUCUAUGCUGUUUGGCCGUUCCUCCGGUAAUGCUGAACAGUGGUACGAAGGGGGUGUUUCAUGACUGUUACACCUUUGGUUCUGAACUUAAAGCUAUUGUCCGAGAUGUUAAUUAUCUCUACUGUUGAAUGGAAAGAAAGAAUAAUCUAAUAAAUAACUUUUACUAAG